AUGGCUUUCUCAAUGGGGAUGCCGUUCAAUGAAGGCGAAGAGAAGAUGCAUCGUCUCCUUCGCGUUCCACCCCAGGACAAUCCAACCUCAACUAUGCUCACACCCCAGGCAUCCAACAUGUUCCAACGCGCGCCUCUCCUCGCUUUCGGGACUCUAGAUGCUCAAGACCGUCCCUGGACCACGUUAUGGGGCGGAGAGCCAGGCUUCUUAGAGCCGCUCGGUGGAGGAUUCGUUGGCACGCGAACGCUCGUUGACAGCAAGAACGAUCCCGUGGUACAAGCACUCGUUGGUGACGCAAAAGACGGGCAAACAUCAAAACCCGCGGACGGCGGAAAACCAGUCGCAGGACUAGCCAUCGAUUUGAUGACAAGAAAGAGAGUAAAAACAGCCGGACGCAUGAUAGCAGGCGCACUCCGAGACACAGACGCCACCACCUCCCCAGCCCAACUACUCCAACUCGUAACCAAAAUCGAGCAAAGCCUAGGAAAUUGUCCCAAAUACCUAAACCAAUACGAAAUCCAUCCUGCGUCCAUAUCCUCAACUUUGCAAUCAUGCGGGCCCUCACUAACCCCACAAGCCACAUCCCUCCUUUGGAGAGCAGACAUGUUCUUCCUCUGCACCAGCACCGCAAACGACAUGGACGUGAACCACCGCGGCGGCGCCCCAGGAUUCAUCCGCCUCAUCUCCGACACAGAGAUAAUCUACCCAGAGUACUCAGGCAACCGGCUCUACCAAUCUCUAGGAAACCUGCAAAUGCGUCCCCAAAUCGGACUCACAGUGCCCGACUACGAAACCGGCGACAUUCUCUACAUAACAGGCGUUAGUGAGAUUCUCUCUGGCGGCGCUGCCGCCAUACUCCUCCCUGGCAGUAACUUGGCCGUUAAGAUCACAAUCAGCGAGGCGCGCUUCGUUCAGUCCGGUCUGCCUUUCCGCGGUACCAAGAAAACACCAAGUCCGUAUAACCCGCCCAUCCGCACUUUGGCAGCAGAAGGUAAUAUCAAAUCUGCCAUCUCUUCGUCAACUAUACCCAUCACAGCCCACCUAACCAAACUUACCCCCCUCACCCCAUCAAUCACACGCUUCAAGUUCUCCGUCCCCAGCGGCUUGUCUUACGAACCGAGUCAAUGGGUCGCGCUGGAUUUUAGUAACGAACUAGAUAUCGGCUACGAACACAUGCGCGACGAUGACCCGUUGAGUUUGAAUGAUGAUUUCGUUAGGACGUUUACGAUUUCUUCUGCUCCUUCGCGUGAAACUUCGUCGACGGGGGUGGAGGGCAAGGAGAAGGAGUUUGAAAUCACAAUCAGAAAAGUGGGCGCUGUGACGAGGUUUCUCUGCAAACAAAACGAGCGUUCGGGCUUGGAGGUUUUGGUCAGGGGUGUGGGUGGUGGAAUGCAGAUUGGGACGGAUAGCAGUGCGGUUAUAGUGGCGAGUGGGGUGGGUAUUACACCACUUUUGGGUCAGAUAGGGCGCUUGCGGCUGGAAAAAGAGAGGUUUAAGUUGUUUUGGGCUGUGAGGGGCGGGGAUGUGGGGUUAGUAGGGGAUACGAUUGAGAGAUAUCCGGGGUUGGAUGGGUGUACGACUGUGUUUUUAACGGGGCAGGUAGUGGAUGGUGUGAAGGAGCAGUUGGGUAAGGAAGCGAGGGUUGUAGAAAGGAGAUUGAGGAAGGAUGAUGUGGAGGGUGUGGAGGCAGAGACUUGGUAUUUGUGUGCGGGCAAGGGGAUGAGGAAGGAGGUGUUGAGGUGGUUGGAUGGGAAGAAAGUAGUUACAGAGAAUUUUGAUUAUUAG